GGGAAAAGAAACUUCGAGAGCUCGUGUUCUCGAUCCCACCUCGGUCUCGCCGACGAUGGCGUCCGCUGUCAAAUCCCUCGUGCAAUCGCUCAAGAGGUACUUUAAGAAGCCAUGGGAGAUCACCGGGCCCUGCUCCGAUCCCGAGUACCGGAGCGCCCUCCCCAUGGCCACCGAGUACCGCCGCUUCUGCCCCGCCACCGCGCCUGCCAAGGCCUGCAUCCCUACCUGCGAGCCCGAGACCGUGUUCGAUAUCAAGUACUACACGCGUGAUCGCCGCCGUAACCGCCCCCCCGUCCGCCGGACCGUCAUCAGGAAGGCCGACGUUGAGCGGAUCAUGACCGCCAAGACCUUCGGCCCCGACGAUUUCCCCAAGGUCUACCUCACAGAAAGGGUGGAGGAGGACUACGACGCUCGCGGCGGCGGGUACCAGAAAUAAAGCUGGUGUCAUAGAGCUGUCUAUUUCUGGUCUGAAACUGUAUUACUGCUACUGGGUUGAUUUGGAAAAGUGUCAUCUUACCAACCAUGCGUUCAUUGAGCUGUUAGAAUAAAUUUGGAAAAAUCUGCUACAAUAAUUCACUAGAAAUGCUUUUUUUAGUUGCAGGAGAAUGAUUUGUACAAAUAAAUGAAUUAAUUUCUGAGUGUCUUGUCUUCUCCAACUGUGUGUAUUGUUAAUGUUAGUUCUUGUAUAUUUGAAGGUAGACUUCAGGACUUUUUUCAUCAUCUGAAUGAUCAAGUUCCAGACAUGGAACCAAAUUCUAUUUAUUUAUACAAGUAAUUCCUA